AUGUCUGAAGAAAAAUAUGAUACUUUAUCGCAAGUUUAUGUCGACGAAGUUCUCUUUGGUCCAACUCAAAGCAAUACCGAUAAUGAAAAUAAUAAUAAUAAUAUGAAAAAUAAUAUGAAAAAUAAUAUUAGUAUAAAUGAGGAUAAGAAUAAAAAUAAUAUAGUGUCAUUCCUAACAGAUGAAUCAGAUAUUAACUCCAUCCAUCAUAGAAUAGAUAAAGAAAAAUAUCAACUUGCCAAAGAAAGAGAAAUUCAAGCAACAACCACUGACGACGAUGGACUCCCAUCAUUAUCUCAUCCAUUAGAAAGGAAGAUUUGUAAAAAAAUGGAUAUGUUUUUAAUCCCAUUAAUGGGUAUGCUAUAUUUCUUAUCAAAUUUAGAUAAAUCAAACAUCGGUAACGCAGAAGUAGCUGGGCUCUCCAAAGAUAUCGGUCUAGUAGGAACGCAAUAUAAUGUCUGUGUCACCGUGUUUUUCGGUACAUAUGUCAUAUUCGACCCAAUUGGUACCAAUUUAUUGAAAAUUAUGGGACCUCCAACAAUGAUGUCACUUUGUUUAUUAUGCUUUGGUGUCAUAUCAUUAUGUACUGCUUGGGUGAAAAAUUACCCACAAUUAAUUGUAGUAAGAUUGUUAUUAGGUGCAUUCGAAGGUAUGAUUUAUCCUGCAAUUAAUAUGUAUCUAUCAGUUUGUUAUAGGAGAGAACAAUACGCUUUAAGAUUUGCUUUCAUUUUCGCUGCUGCUUGUUUGUCUUCCUCAUUCGGUGGGUUGAUUGCCUAUGGCUGUUCCACUAUUAAUGGAUCAUUGAGUUCAUGGCAAUAUAUUUAUAUCGUUGAAGGUGCUAUCUCCAUUGGUUUUGUACCAUUUUACGUGUUUGGUUUAAGUAAACAUUUGGAAGAUUCUUGGUUCUUCACAAAGGAGGAAAGUCAAUAUAUUGUAGAUAGAUACAAGACUAUGAAUACUUUUGAUCCCGAUGAAAAAUUCGAUUGGUUCCAAGUUAAAUUAGCUAUUAAAGAUAUCAAGACUUGGAUUUCUGCUGUUGCAUUAUUUGGUAUAGAUUUAACUACUUUUGGGUUGACUGUCUUCUUACCAAUUAUUAUUACAAGUAUGGGAUUCACUAACGUUAGAGCUCAAUUAAUGACUGUCCCUAUAUAUUUCUUAACAGCUUUUGUCUUCUUUGGUUGUGCUGUUUGGUCAGAUCAUUUAAGAUUAAGAUCACCAUUUAUUAUCGGCGCUUGUAUCACUACAGCAACUGGUAUCUCUAUUGUCCUGGGCUCUCAAGUACAUGGUGUUAGAUAUUUCGGUGUUUAUAUCCUUUGUAUGGGGAUCUACGUUAAUGCUGCUUGUAAUUGUCUCUGGUUAAGUGGUAACAAUGGUAAUUAUUUCAAAAGAGCAACUGCAUUGGGGAUUAAUUUAUUUUUGGGUUCUGGUUCUGGUUUAGUCUCUGGUCAAAUCUUCGUUGCAAGUGAUAAACCAAAAUAUACUAAAGGUCUUUCUCUUUGUUUAGGUUUCCAAAUUUUAUCAAUUAUAAUGACUGUUAUCCAAUUCUUAUUAUAUAGAAGAGAAAAUAAAAGGAAAGAAGCUAUCAUUGAUCAUUAUCAAUCGAUGAAUGAACCUAUUCCUUAUGAUGAAAAAUUAAGUGACAUGAAUCCUGAAUUUAGAUACAUGUAUUGA